CAUGAGACUGACAAAUGCAGCCAGAGACACAGAGCAAGCAAGGGAGCUAGAGACGCAGGGGCCUGGGCAGAAGAGACUGAGAGACUGCAGAUUCUCGGUGAGGGGCUGGGAAAGAGAAAUGCAGAGAAGGAGGGGAUAGAAGGCUGAGGGGGAAGGGAGAGGAGGACCAGGGAGGAGACAGAGACAGGGAGACAGCAAGAGACAGAGAGAGAGAGAACUAGGGACAGCCAGAGAUGGAAGGACAGAGACAGAGAUAGAGAAGGAAAGAAAUAAGGGGUGGGGGGGGGAGGAGAGAGAGACAGGGACAGAGACAGAGAGGGACUGGAGGAGACAGGAGGGAGAAAACACAGACACACACUAGGAGACGAGGAGAACUGGGGUUGGCUGGAGACCCCAGGUGCCACAGGGAACGUGGUCUGGAAGCAUCUGAGCGGGCCGGGCCACAGGGGAAAGCCCGGCUCGCUGUGAACCACCUCCUGCCCUUGGGAACUCUCCCGCCCAGGCCGGGGAUGGCGGAUUCCUGCCGGAAUCUCACCUACGUGCGGGACUCGGUAGGGCCGGCCACCAGCACCCUGAUGUUUGUGGCGGGCGUGGUAGGCAAUGGGCUAGCGCUGGGCAUCCUGGGCGCGCGACGCAGGUCGCGCCCGUCGGCCUUCGCAGUGCUGGUCACCGGGCUGGCGGUGACAGACCUGCUGGGCACGUGCUUCCUAAGCCCGGCCGUGUUCGUGGCCUACGCUCGCAACAGCUCCUUGCUGGGCCUGGCGCGAGGCGGCCCCGCGCUGUGCGAUGCCUUCGCCUUUGCCAUGACCUUCUUCGGCCUGGCCUCCACGCUCAUCCUCUUCGCCAUGGCUGUGGAGCGCUGCCUGGCGCUCAGCCACCCCUACCUGUACGCACAGCUGGACGCGCCGCGCUGCGCCCGCCUGGCGCUGCCCACCAUCUACGCCUUCUGCGUCCUCUUCUGCUCGCUGCCCCUGCUGGGCCUAGGCCAGCACCAGCAGUACUGCCCGGGCAGCUGGUGCUUCGUCCGCCUGCGCUCGGCCGAGCCCGGCGGCUGCGCCUUCUCGCUGGCCUACGCCAGCCUCGUGGCCUUGCUGGUGGCUGCCAUCUUCCUCUGCAACGGCUCCGUCACUCUCAGCCUCUGCCGCAUGUACCGCCAGCAGAGGCGCCACCAGGGCUCGCUGGUCCCCGGUCCCCGGGCGGGUGAGGACGAGGUUGACCACCUGAUUCUGUUGGCCCUCAUGACGGGCAUCAUGGCUGUGUGCUCCUUGCCUCUCACGAUCCGCAGCUUCACCCAGGCCAUCAGUCCGGACAGCAGCGAGAUGGGAGACCUCCAGGCCUUUCGCUUCAAUGCCUUCAACCCCAUCCUGGACCCUUGGGUCUUCAUCCUUUUCCGCAAGGCUGUCUUCCAGCAACUCAAGCUGUGGUUCUGCUGCCUGUAUUCUGGCCCCAUCCGAGAUGAUGUGCAGACUCCCCUCUCCCGGCCCCCGAAGAACCCCUCUGCCCAUGGGAGAAAGGAGGGGAGCUGGGUGCCUUUGUCAGCCUGGGGUGAGAGGCAGGUGGUACCCUUGCCUCCUGCACAGAGGUCCAGCAACAGCACCGUGGGAACGCUGUCCAAAGCAGAGGCCACUGUCGCCUGCUCCCUCUGCUGACAUCCUAAGCUGACUCUGUGAGCUCUACACUGUCUUCAGGGAACAGGAGCCAGGAAGCAGGGUCAGGGCUAAUAGGUGCAGAUGCCAGAACCUUGGUCCCCAAACUCUGGGGCCAUCAGCUGCUAUUUCUUCUCCAUGAGGGCAGCCACUGUAGGCUCUGGGAGGAGAGUGAGGGACAAGGGAACAUUUGUCCUGAAGCACAGAAAGAAUCGUUCUCUCAAAAUAACCAGUGGCCUGGCCAGCCUACUCUGGCCCUUGGGUCCCCAUCCAUCUCACUGUCUAAAUAUUUAGAAGGCGGAAAAGUUCCCAGCAGCUUCUGUGUACUCAGGUCUGCUCUGCUUUGGAUGUCAGCUCCUAUCCUCAUCCAUAAGGGGGCCCAGCUGCCCACCCCAAAUCCCAAGCAGCAGCCCUGCCCUCUCCAAAGCCAUUCCAAGAGCCACUCCCUCUCUGUCCCAGGAGAGCCAGGGAUUCUCAGAAAAGCACCCUGCCUCCCCUUAGCCCAGCCCCUGUCAGACUUGGGGGCCCUGGCACCCCAAGGGGAGGUGAGAGGAUGCAGAAGCUGCUGCACUGUGACAAUGCAGGACAUGUGCCUGAUAUGAAAGGGGCCUGAGACACUCCACCUAGGUUGGUGGGCAUGAGGAAUGAACCGUGGGGUGCAGGUGGUGGAGAGAUAGAUGGAGAAGCUGGCGGGUGAACAGGUGCAGUGGACAGAUCCCAGGACUGCCCCAGAAUGCAGACCCAAGUCUUGUACCUGUCGCCAGGCUCCUGAAUAAAUAACUGCCUCCUUACAGAGCUUGACCUCACCUUAUGUAUCCUUUGGGCCCUCAUAAAGAUUCGAUUAAUUAAUUAAUCCAUUCGUUCAACAAAUACUCAGUGGACUGACUCUGUGUGGCAUUAAGGACAUAGAUAAGCCUCUGCCCAGCCAGCCCAGCAUGCUGCAGGGUGAUUUCCAGCCUGUCUCCUCCCCCUGCCAUUCUCUGCCCUCAGAGAGACCCGGAAUCAAGGGUGCGCAGGAGUGAGCUGACUAGUGUGAACGGAAGUGAGUUGGCGUUUGGGGGUGGAGGGCGAAUGAGAGCCAUCCUGGCCCCCGACCGCCAGCCUCAGUUCCUCAGUUCCUCUUUCUCACUCUCCCCCCACCCCUGCCCUGGAUUAAAACAAUGAAUCCACACCUGGAGAUGACUGGGGCAGGUGAGACUGAGCCUCUUAUAAAGACAACAGCUACUCACAUGCCUUUUGCUCCAUCCACACGACAGCUUAUUAUUUUUAUUUAAAGAUGUGGGUCUCCCUAUGUUGCCCAGGCCGUAUUUGAAUUCCUGGGCUCAAGUGAUUGUCCUACUUCAGCCUCUGGAGUAGCUGGGCCAACAUGCCUGGCAUCACCCUAUUAUUAGGGCCUUUCUGCUGAAACUGGGAUCAAGGUCCAGAAGGGGCAAUCAUCUGGCCUAGGGCACACAACGAGGGGAGAGUU